UCUGCAUUAGCUCCAUAUUUAAAGACUGGAGGUUGCCGCUUUGCAGUGGUUCAUUGAGCAUUAGAGUGAGCUGUCGCUUUCAAUAGACGAUCUGUGGAUGAAUCAGACAGCGUGCUUAACCGUGACCGAGAGAGAGAGAGAGAGAGAGAGAGAGAGAGGCAGAGGAAAAGGCGUUUCCACGUUUCAGCAGCCGGUGACAGAGCAGCAGACACUGAAGAAGCACACACAGAGACACAGAGAGAGGAAUCACGACCCUUCCUUUUCCCUGCAUUUCUCUGUUAUUCUCUCCAUACACUGACUGACAGCUCCUCCAGCCCGUGUCCCCUUCACGGCCGCGUCUGAGGACACACUUUAAAAGCACCACUGAAAGUGAACCGAACCCGGCGAGACCUUGCAGAGUGGACUUUUUUUCUCGCCUCCCUGCAGAUUGCCUUUCCUCUCUUAAAAUUAAUUUCCCCACAGAGCCAUUUUCUCUGUGACAUCCAGAGGGGAUUAUCCUCCUGCAGAGUCCCUCCCGCAUCUCUCCCUGUCUGCAGCUGACUCACAUUCGUGCGCUCAGGGCCUUGUUCCAAUCUCCAUCCCCCCCAUCUGUGCUGCUGAAGGAGUAAACCCUCACUGCUAGAAAGCUGCGUUCAGGAGCCUCUUUGACAUCUAAACAGAUCAUGGCGGAGUACAGCUCUCUGCUCAGCGACCUCUCUGAAAACAUCACCAACGAAGACUUGGAGCAGCUCAAGUCGGCCUGCAAGGAGGACAUCCCCGAGGACCAGAGCAACAACAUCACCUCGUCCAAGGAGUGGUUCAGCUACCUGGAGAAGAACGACAAGCUGGCCCAAGAUAAUCUUUCCUACAUCGAGCACAUCUUUGAGAUUUCACGGCGACCGGACCUGCUGACGAGGGUGAUCGAGUAUCGCACCACCGUGCUGAAGAUCUCUGAGGACGACGAGAUCGACACCAAGCUCACGCGCAUCCCCUCAGCCAAGAAAUACAAAGACAUCAUCCGCCAGCCCUCUGAAGAUGAGAUCAUCAAAUUGGCCCCUCCCCCUAAAAAAGUCUGAGGUCCCAACCCCCAGCCCCGAUCUUUGCACCUUGAUUUCUUCACUCCUGGCACUCCAAUCAACCGACCGACCAACCGUUUCUGACCAACCCCGUCACUCCCUCGCCUCACACUUACCACAAACACACACGCGCAUACACACACAUCCAGCCACGCCACACUCCUUGCACUGACCAACCGGAACCAUGCAGGCUACCACCUACAAAGCAACCAAUCAGAUCGUAGCCAUGCAGUCUCUUACCCAAGCUGAGAGAGAGACAGGAGGCUGCAGGAAUUAAAGACAGUAGAAGAAGAAGAAAUCUGGAGACAGAGCGACAGUGUUAGUGUGUGAGGAGAGAGCCAAAGUGUACCCUGGAUUCAAAGGCGGAGUGGGUCAGUUCAGAAUGAGUGUAAUCUGUAAACACUGUUCAAUCUGUGAUGCUGUGUUUUUGCAACCGUCUGUGUGUGUACAUGUGUGUGUGUGCGUGUGUGUGUUUGUGAUGGUUUCAACAUUUACACAUUAAGUUAAAAAUAUUCGCCCUUGAAGGAGACCUGCGUUCGAAACUUAACAACAAACUGAAAUGACAAAUUUUUCAACAAGCUCUGAAACUUUCAGAGAGCUGCUAGGUAACCACGAGAAGAGUUCCGCUGUGUAUCGUAUGUACGCUCAUACAUACGACGAAUUUCAGCACUACUUAAUAUUAACAGUUUGAUUUACCUGAAGUAUGCAAAUUAGUCAAGAUGUCAGACGACUGAAAGUGACUAUCGAGAUAUAAAGACAACUAAAUCAUGUAAAUACAAAAAUGAUUGGAACAAAAAGUUAAUGAAAAUAAAAGUUAAACUAAAGUUGAAAUAAAUGAAAUCUAACUGAUUUCUCACACGUGGCUGAUUAAUUUCUACAAAGGUGCUUGUUAUUAGUUGUAAAAGCGUUAAUUGUUCAGGUGACGUGAAGGAAAUAGUUUGAAAAUCAAGCCUCAAAUAAAAUUCAAGCUCCCUUAGUGACUCAGAUGAGAAGAUGAAGACCAUGUUCAUGUUUGUCAUUGGUAUCAAAUUUAGCUAUUAGCCAGUUAGCACAGCUUGUUGUGAAGACUGAAACUGGGUGAAACAUCUCGCUAGGCUAACCUGAUUUUCACACGUUAGUUUUUAAUGCAUAUAAAACAAAUAAAUAAGAUACACUGAUCAUUAUUAAAUGUUAAAAGUGAUGCUUUUAGAGAGAACUGGGCUAGCAUAAUUACCUAACUUCCAGUCCAGGCUAAGCUAGGUCAGCAGGCGAGGCUAAUCCUGAUUUUAGCAUACAAAUGUGAGCGACUGUUCUCUCGCAGAAAUAUACUAAAACAGGGCAAACAGAGUUCUUCCUAUAAAUUAGAUGAGCAUUUGAAUACCACGUUCAUGCUUGCAAAUAAGCAUAGCUCUUCAUAAAAACUGGAGCUGGGUGGAAAAGCUAGCUAGCUAGUUAUACAUUGAAAAUAAAUACAUUAGAUUUAAGUGUUGGAAGUCAUUGUGGGCAUAUUUUUUAGUUUUUGGCGAAAAGUAAGCUAGCUUUUAAUUAUUAGCGUAAUUUACAGUCUUUGUACCAAGCUAAGAUAGCGCGCUAUGCUAACCCUGUAUUUUUUUUAGCAUAGAAACAUGUGCCUUGUGUUCAUCUUCUCAUCCAAGUAUUUGCAAAAUGACAAAACAAUGUAUGGAAUCGUCUAACUAUCAACAAAGAGUGUAACAUGGCAGUUAUCAAACAAACACCGCAACGCCUCUUUUGGCUGCAUUAGCAUGAAGUCGUUGGAUUUGAAACAAACUUCGAACUUCAACUGAGACAGUGUUCCUCAGUUAGAGGUUCUUUAAGCGUUGCUUUUGCUUGUAUGUAGUAGACACUAUGAUGUUUAAGAGAAAAAGAAAAAGCCUGAUAUUUUAGAGGGAGAUAUUUAAAUCAGAUUUCUUAGGAAAAGCCGAUAUCUGCCUUCAGCUUAAAAGUAACAAGAGUUAUUUAGAGAAGCUACAUGUAUGGUGAAAUUAUGGAUAUUAGGGGACAAAUUAGACUGACUUUAAACACGCUGUAAAUAUACAAAUAAUAUAUUACAGGAAAAUUUUGCACCAUAUAAUUAAUUUACCUGUGGCUCUAUCAGCAAGUUUCAACUUUAAGUUCAGUUUAAUCUAGUCCGGUUUUGUAACUCAAGACUUCUUCACAAUUUAAUCUAACCUGAAACUACUCAAUAUCUAUCUCUGUCAUUUAAGAUACAUAAAAUGUAUUGAGCCCUGAAAAUAGAGCUACUUUGGACUGUAUUAAAGAAUAUAAAAGUAUAUUUUGAGAAAGCAUAUUGGAUAUUAUAUUUAGUAUGUGUAAAUGUCUUGUUACGUGACACAUGAAGACACGCUAGCCUUUCUUUUUUUUUAACCCUUUUGUUGCCAUUUCAUUUGGUUUACAGAAAAAAAAAACUGACCAGAAAGAGAGGCCUCUGGGAAAAUGAAACAUGUUCUUAAAAAAUCUGCACAAAAAAGUAGAUUGUGUCAAAGACCUUAGAGGGACACAACGACUCAUAACCCGCCGACUUUGCCAUUCCUGCCAUGCACCAACAUAAAAGCUAGCAAGACUGUUGAAACUAAACUAUAAUAACCGCUACGGUAUUUAAACACUGUGUCUCUUUAUCGCCCACGCUGAAGCCUUAGCGGACUUUCUGUUUACCCCCAAAUUUUUAUUAAACUGUGAGAAACAACGUGUGAAGUGGAGACCGUUGCCCGCACACACAGUUGGAGGUAAUCAAAACUCUCCAUUUUAAAAGAGGGGGUGCUACUUUUAUCAGAAAUGAGGUGAGGACUUAAGUGUUGGUGUGUACAGAAUGUUUGUGGGUCUAGUUCUGCGCCCCAUCUUUCUUUGAAUCAAUGCUGUAGAAUCAAAAUUUAACCAACAUCGUACAAAUCUAUCGGCGUAUGACUGAUUCAUUUCCCUAAGUCCUGAUAUCCCCUCUUCUCCCACCACCAAUCCAGCCCUAGUGCCAACGACCAAGACUUUUAUUGUGUUAACAGACGCCGUGAUCUGUUUUUAUUGUUUUCUUUUGUAUUGCUCGCCGUAUAUUGUAGUGUUGGACUGAUUUGUAUCCUAUGCAUUUAUGUUUGUAGGAAAAACUGCACUGUAACAUAUCCUCCCAACAAAUCACGUAAUCCAAAAAAAAAAAACAUAUUGUAAAUGCAGGGUGUGUCACAAGAUUCUUGUGUUGAAUCUGCAUGACUGAUAUUCAGGGUGGGGUGGUACUUGAUCAGAGGGAUUUCAAGUGUCAAGACCGAAGACACAUACUCAAGUAAAAAAAAAAAAAAAAAACGUGUUCGACCAACUAUACUGUACUACUCCCAAUCAACUCUUUUGCAAGCCAAGUCUUCAGGUAACUAAAACAUUCAAUAGACCUUUAAUGCCUGCAACUAUAUGGUGACAUUUGAUGGUUUACAAACAGUGGACAUGUUUCUUUGCGUAAAACAUCAAGUUAAUCUAGGCUGGAUCCAACUUUUAAAGUACUGUUAAAGGAAUAGUCCACCCAUAAGUACUUAAACACUGCUAUACAUGUGACAGAACAGAGCAUCCGUUGUCCCGUCACAAGCUCUGUCCGUCACUUGGACCAUCACAUAUCUCUCUGACUGUUUGAUUGGCAGCCAUGAAAUUUGGUGCGCCCAUAAGUGUUCAGAAGAAGAGGAAAUCUGUGUAGUUUGGUGAUUCCCUGACAAUUCCUCUAGCGCCACCAUCAGGUUGAGUUUUGCAACAAGAACAUAAAGUCGUUUUUGCGCUACAACAUGAUGUAGCAAGUCAAUGCCAAGACACACAUUCGUCUUAGAUUUUAAAUUUGCUAUUUUGCCUGAGUUUAAAAUGUUCAAUUGGUGCCAAGCCAAUCAGUUUGAUCAGCUUGGUGAAUCAAAGCCACUAAAGGCUGAAAUGGAAAGCCAAUCGUUGGUUUCCGUCAGCGUUUAUUUUGCCGUCAUUGUCCGGUGGGGUCCCUUUAAGAGCAGCUAAUAUCGAUUUCAACAUGCCACGUUCAAACUCUGCUAACUCUGGCAUGUAACACUCCUCACCAUUUAAUUUAGUAAGACAUUAAUGACCCACUCAGGAUCAAUUAUAACACUUUUUGUUCCUCUACUUUUCACCUAGCACCACCUGUAGGACUCAUAGUCAGUCACUCGUUAUAGUCGUAGUUAGCUUAAAACCAAAAACUUUAAACAUUCCCUUCAGCUUCAGCUUUACGUUAUUUUUAAUGCAAAUUAGCAAAUGUGAGCAUGCUAAUAGCUUAAUGCAGAUUGUGAACAAUGAACAACAAUGCUUAACUUCGGCAUGCUAGCAUUGCCAGUAAGAGCAUGUCUGCUUGCUAACGUUAACCCGAAUCACCUCUAUGCCCUCAGUGCAGUCCUUAGGCCCUAGCUUAGUGCUUUGACGCAACAUCGGUACAAUUUUGUUUUAUUCUUCAACAAAUUAAGUUCCUUAGGUUAACAACACAAAGGGCUACUUUUAAACUCAGUGUUAUAGAGGAAAACAUACGUUUAGAGUCCCAGAAAGAAGACAAAAUUCUAAUUCAGCUACUACAAGUGCUUAGAUUUGAUUUUUAAACAUUUUACUUUGGUUAUUUAAAGGAAGUAGAAACCUUGUGUUGCUUUCACUUACCGAUCGAUCUAUUCAACUACCCAUAAAUGUGUUUAUUCAGGUGGCAGUUAUCAAAUCAUGGAUCACAACUUAACUCUUUAUCUCAAAAAGCUCCUCAUCCCUGCACUUUCCUUCUCACAUUCAUAUGUCAGUGUUUUAAGUAUUUCUGGGUGGAUUUCCAUUCAGCAUCCUGACUAGCCCGUGCUAGGCCGGACCCCAAGAGAAGCGGUUGCUGCCCUCCUGUAGCUUGAGUCUGUUGAACACAAAGUGGGACCACUUUAUUUAUCACGGAGCUGAAGUUCGUAGUUAGUCGUCCAGCGGGAGGCAGCUAUACUUACUGCUAUGACCUGUGGGUAACGGCCUUUCCCAGCGUUUAAAUGGAUGUGAUUAUCAGCCAUGACUGUAGAUUUUCAGUGAGGAGCUUUGGUGACAAACCAAAAGGCAGGUUUUUCUUUUCCAGAUUUUUAGCAUGACUUGUCUGUCAUUGUGAAAAAUUUUGGCAAGGGAGGAUUUGGGCCAUUGUGUUUUACUUUUUCUUUUCUCAGUUCUUUUUAUUUAAAGUGCUUUUUUUAUUAGCAGCUUGUGAAUUUAGAUGUGACCAAGUGACUUUUAUUUCCUUUCUCGCUCUCAGACUCUCUGUAGGCAAUGGACUCUUGUUAGCGAUUCUGUGGUAGUUUUGUCAGUUGCUAGUUUGUCCAUAAAAGCUCAGUAAAUAUCAAAAAAUAAAAAAGAUCUAACUGUGUGAUGGUCUUGAUGCUCCUGGUUAGCAGCUGUGCCCCCUUCCCCCAUUUUUUCUUUGUCUUUUCAGAUCUACUUAUUAUUUCCUUCUCCUUUAAUUUCAGCCCCCUUCAGUUUCGCCAUCAUAUCCGGGGUCACACCCCUUUGAUUUCAUCACCAGGCAGAUGUUAUGUUUGGUAUUGUUGGUGUUUUGCUCUGUAGCCGAUUGGCACAUAAUAUAUCAACAUAUCACUCACAAAUGAUGUCAAUUUGGAUUUCUAGACACCAAGUACAUAUCAAUCAUAUUAAAUGCUGCAAAAUAAUAAACCUACUAAAAUAAUUUAUAUGUAUGAAUACCUGAUUGAGCCAAUACAUGCAGAUAGAUGAAAUACAUAAUGAAGGACAGAUGUUGUGUGAAGGUAUUCAGCGCGUGUUUAAUGCUAACAGUCAAUUAAAAAUCAUCCAAACAAGAGUGUCACUUUCCCUUGAGAAUACGACUUUGUUUUGUUUUUGUUUUUUUCAUUUUGUUAGGUUGUAAAUAUGUAUUUUGAAUAUAUCUCACUGUGUUUGUUUUGAAAAUGAUUAAUUUAUUUAAUGCUUAUACAAAUGUUGAUUUCACGUAUCCUGCUCUUGUUUUUACUAACUGGAAACAAAUCAUGGGGAUGAAAAUGUGUUGCUUAUCCAAUACCAAGCAUACCAUGCAUCAACACUUUUUAUAACUCAUGUUAUUCUUUUCUCUUUUAUGUUUUGCUGUUUCGGCUUUGAGUGACGGUUUUUCAAAAAAAAAAAAAAAAAAGUGAUUUUCAUUUCAUUGUAUUUACUGAUAUGUAACCUGUUUUGUUUUACUGUGUUGUACUUGAUCAGAUGUGUCGUGGUCACUGCUUGUAAAGAUGAUGAUUUCAUUCAGAGUUUCCAAAUCAUGACAAAAGAUCAAGGAAGUCACAAAAAUCAUAAUUUGACAUUUUGUUUGACGUGUCGCAAUUUGCAUAUUGCACCCGAAAGCAGGAACUAAAUGGUCUUACGAUGUAAAGCUAGGUGCUAGUAGAAAGUUCACGGAAAAGUUCUCCCAUGGUAUGCAGAUUGCGUUCUUUAUUGACGGAUCUUAAGCAGGGUUUUGAAGAAGAGGAUUUCUCAUUUCUAAUUAUUUGGAAAAAAUAUAUAUAUAAAAAAAUAUUGGUACAACGCCAUUUGACAAAACUCAUCUGAACUAUUAGCAGUCAUGCUAGUUUUGUAUGGUAGCCAUGAGUCCUCAGUAUUAGAUAAAACAGAUACAUAAUUUAUUAACCCUCCUGUUAUGUUGCGGGUCAAAUUGACCCUUUUUAAAGUUCAAAAAUCUAAAAAAAACAGUUUAAAGUAUUUUUUCGCAAUGAAACUUAUUCUGCUUGGCCUAAUUAGCGUAAACAACCCCCUGCAUGUUUUUAUCACAUAGAUACUGGUUGUGGGUCAAUUUGACCCAGCAGUCAAAGUGGAGGCUAAAAGAGGUCAGAAGUGUUAAAUAAUAAAUGUUUCUUUGCAACUGUGUUCAUAAAAAACUAGUGAGUUAUCUUCAUUGAACUAUGAUCUGUGCGAAUUAAAGAAAACCAUAGCACUAAAUAUUGAUUUAAAUGGAGUUAAUAAUGAGAUUUAAAAAUGUUUAUUGGGAUUUUUUGGGGUUCUGACACUUUUGGAUCAUUAAAUAUGCCCCGGGUCAAAUUGACCCAGGAACAUUAUUGCUGUCCCUGAGAAACGAACAUAACAGGAGGGUUAAUAAACAAUCACAACACAAACAGUGUGAAAUUAUAGGUUAAUCAAAGAGCUAGCAUAUUUAGCUAGUUAGCUUCUGUUAGCUAGAGCAAAAACAAUGACAUAGUACUUUAACUGAAUCAGCUAGCUGCUGUCAUUACUAAAGCUAGUAUAUAUAGGCCACCUAGGCUGCCUGUGAACUAGCUAAAAGUCCGUAAAGAUACUGUGUGUACUCACUGCAGCCAUCAGGAUCAAGCCAACACUUCUAAAAAAAAACGCUACCAAAACAAGUAAGCUAGCUAAUUGGGUAGGUAGCAUGUACGGUUGUUGAGUCAAGGAAAUUACCUUCCUUUGAACUGUUUGUCGUUAGCUUGUAGCUUGUUAAAACUUACUUAAGUGUUGGUUUUGCUCUAGCUAACACAAGCUAACUGCUAGCUUAAAAGAGGCAUGUUCUUGGCUCAUUGCCCACUUCGAUUUUAAAAUAACUGUUAACAAUGAAGUUGAAAUUGUUCGAUUUUUUUAAUUGUUGUUUUAUUUGUUCAUUUUUAUAACUCAGUGUACUCAUGUCAUAAGCCUAUUUAUUUUCUAACAUACUGAAAGUUCAGUACCGAAAAACUUGAGGGUUCAUAGUUUCAUUUUUGGAAUUUUAACGUGAGGUGUUCGUGAAUGGCAAAAGGUUGCGUGGAUGACGUAAUAGAGAGGUGUGUGUGUGUAUCAGUGCUGGGGUCAAGUCGUGCGAGUAGUGAAGGCUAGCUUUGGCGGUCGUAGCUGUUGCAGAUCAAAUGUCGAGGCGUGAACAGAGAGAAACACGUAGGUUUAUCAUUUUGGGAAACAUCUCUGUUGUAUUUGCAUUUAGUCAGCAUCAUUUUGAAUGUGGCGAGUCUUGCACAUGAAAGCUUCAAACUGUGAGAUGUGUUUAACGGUAACAAGGUGUGUUGAUGUUGGGAAUGCUGAAUGUGGUCGGUUACAUGAGGGGAAGUUGUGCAGCAUUGUUUUUCACGCAGGGAGUGUCCGUUACAUUGAGUUGGGUAUUCCUGAAUAUUGUGCACAAGCUUAUUAACUACACAUACUUAAAUUUCUUUAGAGCUGCACAGAAAACUUUUAAUUUUGACGAAUAAAGUUUACAUUAAAUGCACAAGAAAACCAUCAUGGGUAAAAGUGCCAACUUGAUUCAGUUGCAAGCUGCUGGGGGUGGACGGACUUGAAAGUCAUGCCAUGCUUGACGUUUAGUAAUUUGUCAUGUUUGUAUUGAACAAUCUUUAUUUCAUAGUCACGUUAAUGUUUGUGGCUAGAUCAGUGAUUUUUUAUUAAGUGUGUGCAGUAGUGGACAAUAGGGGCUAUUUUGAAGUGUUGUGUUUCCAAUGCUAAUCAGAGGUUCGACAUACGGUGGGGAAAAAGCAUUCCUGUGGCGUGAUUCAUGUUUUGGAGGCAUUUUACAAUUUGACUGAGCAGAAAGAUGAACUUAGAGGACGUUAGUUAAAAGUGUAGGAAGAGACUUUGGAAGAAUAAUGUGAUAUUAUACGAAUUAAAGCAGGGGCUGGACAAAUUUAGGCAUUUGAAACGCUUAUUUUCAAGCAGCAAAGAUUUUGUUUUUUAAUUGAAAUUCUAGCAUUAGCCGCAUUAAGAGAAAGCAACAAGAACUUAAGCUAACGACAACUUUCAGCUUUCGUUGUGACACAUUUAACAUUUUCUCGUUGCCCCGUCGGUUGAUGUGUGUGUCACCGCUUCGCGAGUCAAUCUGUGGGAUGUUUUCUUGCGUGUUCUGCCGGUUAUUGUUGUUAUGCGCUUCAUUCUGAAAUGGUGUAGCAAGUGCCAGGUGUGUUGAUUCAGAUUUCAGUCCAUCUCGUUAGUGACGAAUAUGACAGAUGUGAUGGUUUGUACUCUGUUGGAUAGUACGCACAGAGGAGUUAGGUUUGAGACAAUGAAGUUCUUUUACAGAUACAGAUUAACUUGAGGAGGUUGAAGGAUUGGAAAGAGCGUCAUCACAUCCAUUUCUACAUUUUUCAGCUCAUAACACGACCCUGUUGGAUGCCAUGGGCUCAGUGCUGUUAGAAACUUUUGCUAACGUUUUUCUCUCAUGGGGCAAGAAGUACUACAGGAUUUAUUUAACAAUGACUGCAUCAAAAUAUGACAUGAGGUAUAAUUCAAACCAAUAUAAAGGUGUGGCUUUUUGUCAUGAUUUAAAUGAGACUGAACUGAAAAUAUGCCAUUUUGUCAUUGUGCUAAAAUGAAUAUAAAUAUUAUAUAUUAAAAUAUAUUUGCUAACCUA